AUGGCCACCAUCACAAAGCCAUGCCCCAGCACAAAUUGGACAUCGUACGAUGCAUGGGGCUAUGAUGGAAUGAAAGAACGGCUAGAAAGAUUUAUGGGAAGCAUUGACAAAUCCGCGCUGCUGGAGCAUGUUGAGCAAGUCACGGGCAAGGCGGCAACCAUGAGCGACCCCUUUUCCGCCAGCCAAUUCUGGUGCUGCUUCGAGUUUAUCUUGUCCGACGAAAGCCUCAUAAUUGCUCGUGUGAGACUUCCGCGGCAUCCAGAAAGUAACGAUGAUGUCAACGAGGAGUCCGAGCUAUACGCCAUCGAGUGCGAAGUUGCAACUAUGCGGUUCGUGCAAGGCAAAGCUACGAGCGUGCCGUCCCCUUGCUUAUACGCAUAUGCGGGUCCGGGUUCUCAGCAAGCUGCCAAGGUUGGUGCAUGCUUUAUGCUGAUUGAGGGCUUCUAUGGAAAUACUCUACAGGAUGUGAAGUUUGACAUCUGCGAUCUUCCCAUUCAAACUCAAGAGCACAUCCUCACCCAAUGGACGUCCAUUCAAGCGGAACUGGCGAGCUUUUCCUUCCCAACCAUCGGAUCAAUUGCCCAUUUUGCCCAAGACACUGGGCCAACGAUUGGCAAACUGGCUACAGCCGUAGCCGAGGGAUUACAGACUGCGGGACCAUUCCUAAGUUCACACGACUACUUUAAAGCUGUCGGCGAUGCCAAGCAUCUACAAGCAUGCAAGAAUUACGAAGCCGACGCCGACGACGACGACGACGACGACGACGACGCAGACAUCUUCACGGUCCUUGGCCCCUUUAUCUUCCGCGACAUCGUCCAACGCACCGACUUAUUCAAAGGACCUGGCAACACAGGCCCAUUCCAUUUCAACCACAUGGACAUGGGAACCCAAAACAUCCUCGUCGACGACGCCUUCAACUUCCUCGCCAUCAUCGACUGGGAAUUCGCACAGUCGGUGCCCGCGGAGGUAAACCACUACCCGAUGCCGUUCCCGCUCAUCUCGUCCGACGCGGAGAUUGAGCACAUUCUGAGCAACCCGGACAGCGUAACGUAUCGGAAUGUCCAGCGGCAUGUCAAGGCGCGAGAAAUAUACCAGCGCAGCUUUUCGGCGGCGGAGCAAGCUCUAGCUGGUAAAGGGCGGCCGCUGCAGAGCUCGAUUGCGAAGGCGCUGGAUGGACCUGCGUCAAGGGUCUAUGCGGCUCUGGGGAAGAUUGCGAUUUUUGAUGGGAUGGGAGAGGAGUUGACGCGAGAGAUGAUCCGGCUGGCGUUUGGGCGCACUGGGGAAGAGGCGGACGAGUAUGUGGAAAAGAUGAAGAUGAAGAUAAAGGAGUCGUAGUGGCCGUUAUGGUAGAACUUUAAAAGCCUUGCUGCUGUGGCUUAGGGUUGAUACUCUGCUUGAAAUAAACGGGUCUGUUGGCUAUAUACCUACUUGAAGUCUCCGAGCAGAUCUU